AUGAAAAGUAAGUAGCAAUCAACUGCUGUUUAUACCAUAAAAGAUUUCAAGGUUCUUGUAAUUUGUGUAACAAUGGAAUUUCAGACGAUUUAAUUCGCAGAAAAUCAAACGUAAUCUUGCACCGCGACAGUUGCAAAGUGGAAAUCGCCGAUCCCUAUGACAAACGGAUAUUAUCUCAAUUUAGUCCGCAGGAUCAAAUAAAGCCGAAAUGUGAACCUUGGGAUAAGGAGAAAUCAACUCUGGUGGAUGGAGUCCUUAUGAUGACCAACGUGACAGAAAAUGAAAAGUGCUUAUAUAGGUAUGCGGGUCGUGCCGAUGAUCUUCGGCACCCUAGAAUUAUUUCUAAUACCCAUCAAUAACACCAAUUUUAUUUAAAUUUCAGCUGCAUUACCGCAGGUUUCAAUACUAUAAUCCUCGAUUAUUCUGAUUGGAAACGGAUUCCAAACAAAGGAGUAGAACCUCAAUGCGACAUAAUUGAAGUCCAAUGUUCAAUAAACGGAAAGCAAUCAUACAAGUUCCUCCAUCACCAACUAGUCAAAAAGUAGGACCGCUCUAAAGGCAUGCUUUUACUUCUAUCUUCAGACAAACCAAGGUAUCUAUCCCUUCAACCAAGCCAGACGUCCAUGUUUUCAUUCUGGACUCGGCUUCAAUGUCUCACGUCAUCAGAGCCCUUCCAAAGACUUUGGAUUACCUUAAAAAUUCAAUGGGUGCAACAAUAUUUCCCUAUAACAACAAAGCGCAAUAUAAAACCAAGCCCAAUUCGUACAUUAUCUACCACAACAAACGGAUAACUGAGACAAAGAAAACGCCGACAUCCAGGCCAUUUUACACCUACAGCAGAACGGAGAUCGACGCAUGUGCCGCCAAUAGUACGUACAUUCCAAGGCUAUACAAACAGAAAGGAUAUCGAGUCCUUCUGGAUGAGGAUUGGAGUGAGAAUAUGAUGGAGGGUUGCAAACCAGGGGAGACUCACCCAAUAGAUCAUAACUUAAUGUAAGAAUAGGUGUUACUCCCUAAAUAAGCUCGCACCUCAUAUACAUAAUAAAACGAAGGGAGACUGAAUAUGAAGGACCGAAUAUGAAGGACUGAAUAUGAACUUCAUAUUUAGUCUUUCAUAUUCAGUCAGUUCAUAUAUGGGAGGUGCUUUAUAAAUUUCAGCGCGCUAGUCCGUCCGAACCCUGCGGAUUUAGUCCAAAGUUAAAAGUUGCGCAAUCUUACAUAACGUUGCGCAAUUUCUCUCUUUGUAAAAAUUUCUGCCUUUCUCUGUCGGCUCCUCCUCCCCUCCCCCUUUUUCGUGAACUUUUAACUUUGGACUAAAUCCGCGGGGUUGGGAUGGACUAGCGCGCUGAAAUUUAUAAAGCACCUACCAUAUAUCAAGUCAGGCACCCAUAAUAAAAACCUGAUCUCUAUAUCGAUUAAAUUUUUAGCCCCUUUUGGAACCGGCUCCGCGACAUGUUUGCCGAUUCAAAUCAACUGAAAACUCUGCAUAAGCCAGAAGAUAUCGAAAACUAUCAUACGAACCUAUGGGACCGAUUCUGUUACGAAAGGCAUGAUCGGAUGCUCAAAUAUUUGGACCAAUUUAUUGAUGCCUAUGACGAUGAACCGAAGAUUUCAUUUUCUUGGUUCGGCUAUCUAAUGCAUGAUGUUCGAAGCGAUCUUUUCAUGUAUGACGAGGACUUUUUGCAAUUCUUUCAAAAGAUGAGCAAAAAAGUGAGGAUUACUACAAAAAAAAAUUGACGGAAGCAAAGCAAUAUUAAACGACCCCAUUUCAGUUCGAGAACUCUCACAUAUUCUUCAUGGCCGAUCACGGAUCACGUAUCUACCCGGACGAGUCCUUAUUCUUAGAUAGAAUAGAAGAUUACAAUCCAGCAUUGGUAUACAAACCUCCAAAGAAACUGCUAAACAACCAGAAAUUGAAAGAGCAACUGGAAAUCAACUCACAACAACUGGUGUCACAUUUCGAUGUCUACGCAACAUUAAUCGAUAUUCUUCAGGUAAUCUAUCGAAUUGCAAAUUACCUUUCAGAAUGGAGAUGCCUUCGAUACCGACUAUGACUUCGAAUCUCCAGCUGUCUCUGACCCGACAAUCCCCCUUACUGGCUCAAGUCUCCUUCGACCACUACCUCAACCUCGAAACUGCGAAACCCUCGGAUUACAUUUUGAAGCCUGUCUAUGUCAACUCCACGGAAACCCGGAGCCUGAGAUGGCCAACAAUCUCACUUACCGACUGGCUGAAGCUGCAGUCGACUACAUCAAUUACCAUCUAACCAUAAGCAAUAUUACUGCAGCCGUUAGAAUGGAUCAAGCAUGCGCGAAUCUAACCGUAUCUAACCAUUUUACACCUAUUGCGGAGAAGUAUUCGACGAAGAAUGACCAGGAGAACGUGUAUCGAGUGACAUUCAAGACGUCACCGGGAGAAGCACUCUUUGAUCCGUAUUUACAGGUAUCCAAUUAAUCGAUAUCGAUUUCCCAAUAUGACAACAAAUGAGCUAACGUUUUAGGUGCACGAAAACGGAGAGAUCGAGGUAGUUUCUACCUGGUUCAAGCGAAAAAACCGAUACCGGGCUCAAGUUGGAUGUCUGCAGGAAAUAACGGGUGUAAAAAUGGACUACUCUGACGACUUUUGUUAUUGUAAAAAUUUGCUAAAUUGA